UUUGCAAGCCACGGUCAUACUAAAAAGGCUCUUGUUGCAUUUCCUUGAUUUUUGCAAUUAUUAUUUGUUAUUUAAUAAAAUAUGAUGUGUAAAGUGAGUUUUUUGCCUGUAAUAUAGAAAAAUGCUUCCCCCGGACAUUUGUCGCACCUGUGCGCUGCAAAACGGCCAGUUGCUGCCCUUGUCCACCUGCCUGGACAGAGACGCCUCCAAAAGUUACUAUGAUGUGCUCCAGGAACUCACGCAAAUGGAUGUACCAGCUGGGAGCUCGGAUGAUAAUCUGCCGCAGCAUCUGUGCACCGAUUGCUGGACGAGAUUGGAGAAUGCCCACGCCUUCGUGGAGCAGGCCAAACGGGUCAAUGGAGAGCUGUUGGCUCGCUUUAGGGAAUGUCUGGAUGAAAUGCCCAUCGACAUCCCCGAAGAGCAGAACAUAAAGACCGAGGUGGACCUCGACGAUGAGGGCAACAAGUGCGAGGUGGAUGUGGACUCGGCGGCUAUGGACAUCAAAUGGCAGCCGGAAAGUGCCAGCGAGGAGGACUUUCUUGACGCGGCGGAAGUGAUGAGUAGAGAUGAGGUGGACAAGAAGACCUAUCAUCUGCGACGAAGUUCUCGAAAAGUGAAGCUGGCAGUGGAAAGCGAAGAUGAGGAUGUUAAACCAUCUGAACCCGAACCGACGCCCGUCAAGCGGCGGCGAGGACGACCGCCCGGUCCAGGUAGGAGCCAGUCCAUGACCACCGAUGGCCGCCAUGCCUGUGAUGUCUGUGGGAAGACUUUCUCCUGGUACCGUGACAUGCAGCGCCAUGCCAGGAUCCACUUCGAGCAGGCCUCGUUCGUGUGCGAUACCUGUGGCAAGGGAUUCCUGCGGAAGGACAAGUACAUGUUCCAUCUUCGAUGUCACAAGAAGCGCGAGGCCAAGUGGAAGGCUCUCCAGUCGGGAAAAGAAUGGCGAUUCGCUGAGCGUCUAUACAGUUCCGGCAGGUUAAAGAAAAUCGAAUGCAAAUUGUGUGGAUUGAGUUGCCAGCGAAUGGAGGAACUUCGACUUCACAUCAAGACUCAUGUGGACGUGGAGAGCUUGGCCAAUUUGAGGAAGGAUAGCGAUGUGGUUAGGGAGCACUUUCCCGGCUUUCCGUGCGACCUGGACGCUAUUAAGCGGCAGAUCUGCGCUGAUAUAGCCGAAGGGCACUCAGAGAAAUUUGCCUGUAUUGUGAAUUUCCACGGUUAUGAGUUGGGACUCGGUGAUUCCGAUGAAGAAUGUGAAAACAAAGAGUCAAAAUAUCAUUGCUUUGUGUGCAAUUUGUUCUUCACUCGCAAACAUCGCAUAAUGAAGCACACACUGGAGGAGCACUCUGAAUCCGCUUCAUCGCUUCCUUGGCAGCGUUGCAGUUCCUGCAAGGUUGGUUUCCUGUGCCUAACACUUUACAACGAGCACUUAAGCACCCAAUGCCACAGCAAAUUAAAGCGCUAUCGCUGCCGUAAAUGUCCCGGAAUUAUGUGGCCGGAAAACCUGCAAAACCACGGAUGCUCCCAUCGCCUCGAGGACAAGACUGUACCCAAGAAGAUAAUGUGCUCCUUGUGCGAUGCUGCGCUACCCAGUUUGGCGCAACUUCGCGGUCACCUAAUAACUCACCAACACGAUUUAAAUGGCAUUAGUCCGGAAUUUAAUUCCUCCUUCUUUAGCUCUUUUUAUCCUGAUGGAUUGGACUGCACUACCUCGGUGGCUGCUCGUAUAGCUGAGGAUUUCGAGGUCCAGGACUUUGAUCGCUACUACAACAUCUGCACUGAAAGUGGACAAGAGCUGGAUCUUUUUGAUUCCGAAACAGAGCAGAGCGAAGAGGAGACCAAGCAUACCUGUCUUCUAUGCGGAGAGGUUGCGAGUACACUCACGACUCUGAUGCAGCACCAGAAGACCGUGCAUGCCGAUGGGAUUAGUGAUCUUCCCUGUCCCUGCGAAAAUUGUGAAGCUCGAUUCGUCAGCAAAGACCUUCUGCAACAGCAUCGAAGGCACCGUUGCCAAAAACACUCUCGAUUUCACUGCCAGAGUUGCAGUAUCCGAUUCGUGUGGCAGUCAAACUAUGAGAAACAUCUGAAGACUCACCAUAGCAAAAAUGAUGAUGACGAGCAUGGGGCCACCAAGUUGCAGUGUGACGAAUGCGAAAAGGUAUUCAUCUGGCACAAAGAUCUCAACCGUCAUAAGCGACUGCAUCAACCUCAAUCCGCUGCCCAGUUUGACUGUCCACAUUGCCACCGCAGGUUCCAUCGCAAGGAUGGCCUAAAAUCCCACCUUAAAGUGCAUGCGGGAGAACCAGUUCAAAUUAAGGAGCACCGUCCCGUCCCCAACGUUAUCCAAGGACUGGCGCCCCGGCUUAGUCGUCCCCAUGGUUGCAAGCAGAUUCAGUGCAUGAUCUGCCUCUCACGUCACUCAAAGAUCAGUGAUCUAAGGACUCACAUGAGAUCUCAUCAAUAUGGAUUAAGUUUUUCCGAAGAUAGAGAUAUUCCUAGUGCCUCGAGGGCUUUUUAUCCAGAAUGAAACUGCUUAGAAAGAAACGAGCUUGCCGAACGGAUUAUGGCUGAUGUGCAGAAAGAAUUCGAAAUGGAUCGAUUUAUCAUCACAAAUGAGGCUGGCCUAGAACUGAAUCUCGAUAGCAGCGAAACUGAUACUGAGUCUGAGCAAGAGGAGCUUCAACCAGCACAAAGCUAUGCCUGUAAUCUAUGCAACGCGGUUGUGAGAAGAAAGUAUCAGUUGUAUGCCCACCAGCUUGCGGAGCACAAGUGGGAGGACGCCUUUCUUGUAUGCUCCCUUUGCCAAGCUAGAUUUGUUAACGAAUCUUUGUUAGAUCGUCACUCCAGAACCGUCUGUCACAAUGCGCAGAAGUUAUUUCAGUGUCGCAAGUGCCCGCUUCGUUUCCGCUGGAAAGAGAACCUUAAGCUCCACAUAAACCUGUUCCAUCAGCAUGUCGAAAUUCCAAUCCAGGAUGAUGCUUCUCAAGUCGAUGGUGAUCUGAAGUGCGAAAAGUGCCCGCGCAGCUUUAAGAUGCAGAAGGAUCUCACGCGUCAAUUAAUGCACGGCCAGGAAUCAACCAUCUUCCGGUGCCGUUGGUGUGCACGUCGCUUCUAUCGCAGGGCCAAUCUCCUACAGCAUAUCGCGCGUCAUGGGAUAAGUGUUGGCCAGUUGCCUUAUGCAGAGGCAAUUCUGGAUGCUUACGUGAAUCCUGGAGGUCGGAAAAUCGUGGAGUGCCGCGUGUGCAGUGUGAGCUUUCCUACCAUCUCGGCCCUGCGUUUGCAUCUAGAAACCAUGCCUGCAGGUAGUCACCAUGACUUUUCAUCACUUCAGAACUACUCGAUUACCAAUCAGAUGGGUUACGAGAUGGAUUUGGAUGACUCGGAGACUGAUGAUGAUGUAGCUAGGACACAUUCUAAACCACCGGGUGCCCCUGAUUUCUACACAUGCGGUAUGUGCCAACUGAGGUGUUCGCGGAAAUUCGAGCUCUAUCAACACCAGCAGGCCAUGCACCGGACAGAGAAGAUCCCCGACGGCUGUAACAGGUGCAUCUUUAGAAGCGUCUGCCCCGAAAUAAUUUCUCACCAUAAAAAGACGCAGUGUGAGAACCGGGAAAAGCAGUUCACAUGCGCACGCUGUGGCUACAAGUUCAUGUGGGAAUCUAACCUAUUGCAUCAUAUGGAGUUGCACCAUGAAAAGGUAGAGGAUCAAGAGCUUGAUGAAUCUAAGGAGGCGUCUGGUGAUGAACCAAAAGCCGAGAACCAGGUAUUCCAGUGUGGUCUUUGUACAAGGAAGUACAAUCGCAAGGAUCGACUCACAGCGCACUUAAAGAAGUUCCAUGGGCCAGAAGGAAAGGAUUCUAACAAAGUAAAGGUCUCGAAUAGACCCACAUCUCCUAAGGAACCAAAACGGUUUCUGUGUGCCUUUUGUGGCAAGGCGGUCAGCUCCUUCAACCUGAUCAUCCAUAUGCGUCGCCAUACCGGGGAGAAGCCUUUCAAAUGCGAUUAUUGCACAAUGGCCUUCCCCCGAUCCUCUGACCUCCAGUGCCAUCGUCGGACGCACACCGGCGAACGUCCACAUGUGUGCACCGUAUGCCAGAAGGGAUUUGCUCGCUCCUACAAACUGCAGCAGCACAUGCGAAUCCACAGUGGAGAGCGGCCCUACAAGUGCACCUAUUGCGAGAAGAGCUUCACGCAGUCCAACGACCUGACUCUCCACAUCCGCCGGCACACAGGCGAGCGGCCAUACCAGUGCGGAGUCUGCGGGGAGCGUUUUAUCCAGGGAACCGCCCUGAAGAACCAUCGCAUGCAACAGAGCCACUUCGAGGAGGGACAGGAAUCGGGGGAGCCUACGAGACGCACGGUUUUGGAGCAGUUUACUGUAUAAGAUAAAGAAUAAAGGGAAUCCCUUCAUUGUUAA